GCCUCUGGGACCCGGAAGUGGCGCGCUGAGGUCCUCGCCCAGCUGCCGCGAGUCCGAGUCCCGGCUGAAGCGGCGGGAGCAGGAGAGUCCGACUUCCGGCCGGGCCGCGUCCCGUCCCGUCCCGCCGCUAUGAGCGCGGCCGGGCUGGUGUCUCCCGCGCCCCCGGCCCCUGUCCCGGUGGGGCUGCCCCCCGCCGCGCUGCCCCCCGGCCCCGAGUACUACGAGGAGGAGGAGCUGGAGAGCGCCGAGGAGGAGGACGGCGAGCGCAGCGGCCGGGCCCGGGACUCCGAUGAGGAUACUGAGGAUGCUAGUGAAACUGACUUGGCAAAGCAUGAUGAAGAGGACUAUGUAGAAAUGAAAGAACAGAUGUAUCAGGACAAACUGGCAUCUCUUAAGAGGCAGUUACAACAAUUGCAGGAAGGUACUUUGCAAGAAUAUCAAAAAAGAAUGAAAAAACUGGAUCAGCAAUACAAGGAACGGAUACGGAAUGCAGAACUUUUCCUCCAGCUGGAAACAGAGCAGGUGGAGAGAAAUUAUAUCAAAGAGAAGAAGGCAGCCGUGAAGGAGUUCGAAGACAAGAAAAUUGAGUUGAAGGAAAAUCUGAUUGCUGAAUUAGAAGAGAAGAAGAAGAUGAUUGAGAAUGAAAAGCUAACCAUGGAGCUAACAGGAGAUUCCAUGGAAGUGAAACCGAUCAUGACGAGGAAAUUGAGAAGGAGGCCAAAUGACCCUGUUCCGAUCCCGGAUAAAAGGAGAAAACCUGCCCCUGCCCAGUUAAAUUAUCUGCUGACAGAUGAACAGAUAAUGGAGGAUCUGAGGACACUGAAUAAGCUUAAAUCACCCAAGAGACCAGUGUCUCCUUCGUCUCCAGAACACCUACCAGCCACACCUGCGGAGUCUCCAGCACAGCGGUUUGAGGCUCGGAUUGAAGACGGCAAACUCUACUAUGAUAAAAGAUGGUACCACAAGAGCCAGGCUAUUUACCUGGAGUCAAAAGAGAACACUAAGAUCAGCUGUGUGAUCAGCUCUGUAGGAGCCAACGAGAUCUGGGUGAGGAAGACCAGUGACAGCACAAAAAUGAGGAUCUAUCUCGGACAGCUACAGCGAGGGGUUUUUGUGAUCCGCCGGCGAUCAGCUGCAUGACUGUCUGACUCUUCCUUGAUUUCGUUUUUAUAAAAACAAAAAACAAAACCCUCUUAUAGGAAAUAGCAGUCUGUCCACCCAGCCAUAGCAACAGAGAUGCUGUUAUGGCCUUCUGAGAGACUGUUUGUGGCUGGCCACAUCAUCCCCAUAGUCCUUAAGUCUCUAGUGACACUCAAGCACAGCCCUGGAGCGCUGGACUUCUUCUGGACUUUGCCAUAAAGCAUCUCUGAGCUUUUUUCAUAUUUCAGGAGACUAUAUUUAAGAAGACUCUGCAUCAUAUUUUCUCAUCUUUAUAUCUUUGUACCGUGAAGCGUGUGUGUACAUUGAAAACAACAUAACAUAAGUUUUGAAUCGGGGGGGGGAGGAACCCAGCUAUUUUCCUUGUUGAAAGCUAGCUCUGUUUUUUCUGCAAAGCUCAGGGUGCUAAGCAGGAGGAGACUAAUCCAACUAGCUUUCUCUGUAACAUGACAUCGGCUCUUCUGGAUGAGCUGUUGAAAGAUUUGCCCCUGCAAUGAGGAGUUUUUAGGAAAGUGUGGAAAGUGUUCUGGAAACCUGUAACGUGCUGAUGUUCCAGUUGAUUUUAACCUGGUUAAACACAGUCAUACUUGGUGAAUCCAAAGUUUCCUUUCUCUUCACAUUAAAAACCCUUCAGAUGAA